CACUACCUCCAAGCCAAAUCGAAAACUUCUGUUAAUUACAUGGCAAGCGUCGAUUUGCUUCAUCAUCUCUUUCAACUACUCACUCACUCGUCUUCUCUCUAUUCCCCUCGUCAAGUCCGAAAGAUCAAGUUGGGUACUCAAAUUUCUGGCGUUGGCGAGAAUCAGCUUAUCUCCAUUCAACCUGAUGAGCUCAAAUUUCUCUUUGAACUCGAGAAACAAAGCUACUGUGAUCUUAAAGUUGCCAAUAAAACAGAGCACUUUGUUGCUUUCAAGGUGAAAACAACAUCUCCAAAGAAGUAUUUUGUAAGACCCAACACUGGUGUCAUUCAGCCAUGGGACUCUUGCAUCAUCAGAGUUACUCUACAAGCGCAACGGGAGUAUCCUCCAGAUAUGCAGUGCAAAGACAAAUUUCUUCUGCAAAGUACCAUUGUACCUCCACACACUGAUGUGGAUGAACUUCCACAAGACACUUUCACCAAGGACAGUGGAAAGACAUUAACAGAAUGUAAGCUCAAAGUCUCUUAUAUUUCCCCGUCUACAACCCAAAGAUCCUCUGAAUCCGGAGCAACAAAUGGUGAUGGACAAAGCUCGGAAACCAUCUCUACUAUACAGCGGCUGAAGGAAGAGCGAGAUGCAGCCGUUAAGCAAACACAACAGCUGCAACAUGAAUUGGAAACGGUGAGGAGGCGGAGAAACCAGAGGAACAGCGGAAAUGGGCUAUCCUUGAAGUUGGCAGCUAUGGUCGGACUCAUCGGACUCAUCAUCGGUUUCAUCCUAAAACUCACCUUAGCUUCUCCCACAUAACAACUCUUGAGCUUCUCCGCAUCGACUACCAUCUCAGUAUAUGUAACUGCGGAAUCAAAACAGAUUCACAUA